AUUAAAAUGGAAAGUAAUAAAUUGGAUGCCACCAGUAUUUGCAGAACUUGCAUGUGCCAAAGUGUCAAUAUGAGAUCAGUGUUUCACAAAUUGCAAGACGGAAAAUAUCACAUCAGGACACACACCGGUGAAAAGCCGUAUCUGUGCGCCACCUGCGGCCGCGGCUUCAGUCAAAAAACGAACCUCGUGCAGCACAUGCGCCGCCAUCUUGGACUGAAACCAUUCGCCUGCGAGCACUGCACUCAAAGAUUCGUAUCCAAAGGCGAGCUGGUGGCCCACACGAGGAAACACAGCGGCGCGCACCCGUUCAUAUGCGUUGAGUGCGGCAACGGGUUCACGACAUCCUCUUCUCUAGUGAAACACAGACGGACACAUAGCGGGGAGCGGCCUUUCGCCUGUGAUUUGUGCCAUAUGAGAUUCGCAGCCUCAGGGACGUUAAAGAACCACCGGCGAACACACACAGGGGAGAAACCGUUCCAGUGCUCUCACUGCGAAAAAGCGUUUGUUCAGAAAAAUGACCUCGUUUCACAUGUCAGAUGCCACACGGGAGAGAGACCCUUCGUAUGCAACGUGUGUGGCAGUGCCUUUAGAAAAUCUGCAGCUUUAAGGUGUCACGCCAAAAUGCACACGAGGGACAAAGAACUUUUGCCAUAUUAACUUUAUGUAGAUCAAUUUAAACUAACACGAUUUCCACUCAUAAUUUUUAGAACUUAACGGGACUUAAGGCCGGUUGCAACAAACCGUCUGUCACCGUUAAAGCGUUCGUUAAAUUUGAUUGUAUGGGAAGUUUCAUAGACGUCUGCUGCGUGACGAUGAUG